UUCAAGCAGCUCUGCUGCAUGUUGAUAAACUUCAAUGAAAUGUCAUGUAAAAUAUGACAAAUCUUAUAUUCUGAAUGCCAAUUCUUUAUCUUAUUUCGUGAAAGUACACUUUACAAUUUUGAUAAUGAAUAUUUGAUUUUUUUCUCAAAGUCUAAGAUCUUUCUCAUAAACUUGUCACCAAAACUCUUGACCAAAACCCAAGAGUAUCAUUGGUCAUCCUUGUUCGUCAUCAUCGAAGAGAUUAGGAUUGAAGUAAGAGUUGAUUUACCCGCUGGGAACCACAUGUCGCCAUCAAACAAUCUCUUACUUUCAAACACGUGGGUCGACAGGAGCUCCUGAGCCUCGGGCAGAACGCAUUUGGGACGUCUCGUGAUCUCUGUCUGAUCAUGCUGGAGCCAGAUGUGACCGCAGGAAAUGUAGGAGUAUAGGGAACCCAACUGAGUGCUCUCUUUUAACUUAAGUGCUAGUCGUGACUUCUUGAGAGCUGUGAACGCACAAUACGAAUAACUGUCAGCAUAAUGAAAGAGAAGCAGAUAUUGUGUCUGUGUAGCAGCUAGUUCAUAAUGGAAAACAUUUCAAGGAAAUGCUUUUUAUUUUCUUAGGUGAUUGUUUCUAUUACUGAAACGUCAUGGUAGCAAACACUAAAAACCUGAAAAUGGCUGUCACGGCUGGUGUACAAAUCCUCAUCAUUGUUUCAAUGUUCCCAGUAUUUGCUGAAAGAAAAGAAGACUUCACUCAACAGACAUUUCUCAGGGAACCAAAAGACAAGAUGGUUAUUUUAGGAGAAGAUAUCCUUCUUCCUUGUCGUGUCCAGAACAAGGUAGGGAUGCUACAGUGGACAAGAGAUGGAUUCGGUCUCGGAUCUGAUCGUGAACUAAUCGGGUUUCCCCGGUAUACAAUGGUUGGCAACGAUGAAGAAGGUGACUAUUCUUUACAAGUUAUCAAUGCCCAGCUAGUCGACGACGCGGAAUUUCAGUGUCAAGUGGGAGCUGCAGAGGGAGUUACUGGAAUUCGAUCUACAACUGCUGUACUUACCGUUCUCGUUCCGCCGGAACCCCCUAUCAUUGUUCAAGGGGAUUAUCUAUGGACUACUACAGGGAUGACAGUGGAGUUGACAUGUGAAGCCCGUGGAGGUCGACCACCAGCAGAGCUGGCUUGGGUUGAUGGCAAAGGAGAUGUGGUGGAAACAAAUACAGACUACAAAACCCACAAACUAACCGACGGCAAAAGGUCUAAUGCCAUCUUAACAUGGAAGUUUACUCCAAAGAGAGAAGAUCACCUGAAAAGCUUCACCUGUAGAUCUGAGAACUCUGCACUUAAACAGCCUGCUCUAGCAUCCAUUACUGUCAACGUCAAAUAUGCCCCGAAGUUAGAUCUGUUAGCUCACAGUACCCGGAUAUUAGAGAAUAGCAACGUUCAAUUCACUUGCAAAGUUGACGCUAAUCCUCCGGAGGUUUCCUUUAAAUGGUACAGGAAUGAUGAGCAAAUUCUUGGGAAUAACAGAACUGUGUUUGUACUGAACCGAUUGACCCGGGAAAACAAUAGAGACGCGAUUAGUUGUGAAGUAAGCAACACUAUUGGAACUACAAAGGCAACUCACACAAUAAAUGUUCAAUAUGGACCAAUGUUUACCAGGAAAUUAGAGAACGUAGAGGCAGAUCUUGGUGACAGAGUAACUCUGUCUUGUGACGUAGACAGUAACCCUAAAUCAAACAUCAUUUGGACAUCCGAGCAUUCCACAAAGGUUUUAGGAACUGGACCUGUUCUCGUGAUACCAAAAGUGACCCCAGAGACUUCAGGAGUAUUCGAAUGUAGGGCGACGGUCAGUGGUUUUCCUCAAGUAUCUGAAAAAGUCAUGAUAUUUCUGAAAGGACCACCUAUUACAACAGCGAAAAAAACCCAGUUCGGUAAGCAAGGUGAUACUGUGGAAGUAGAGUGUAUGAUAACAUCUGUACCCAAACCUUCUCGCGUCGUCUGGACCAGAAAUUCACAGAUUUUAGACAUUGAUAACUCUCGUGGUUAUGAGAUAAUUAAACAGCCCCUGGAAAAUGGAAUGAGGAACCUUCUGAUGAUUCAUAAAGCUCAGAGCGAAGACUUUGGUCUGUAUAACUGUUCUGUAUGGAACGAAUAUGGGCAUGACAGUGUUCUAAUUCAGUUGAAAAGACAAGAAAGUAUACCAACUCUAAUCAUAAUUGCUGGAUCGAUUGGAGGGAUCGUUUUUGUCGCAUCAGUCACAGCUGUAACAAUUAUGUGUGUGAGGAAACGAUCACCAAUGAAAAUUAGAAAAUUUCAAUCAAGGAAUAAAGGGAAAGAUUCAGAUACAUCUGCUAGAGAUUACGAGCUGAAAGUUCAGGUCCGUAGUACAUCGUCAGUAUCCAAUGAGAACGAUCCUGGCUGGAAUAUCACAAAUGACGUCAGCCGUGCACGAGAAGCAAACGACCUAUAUAAAUUUCCAGCCGAAUACUCGGAUUCAGUCUUUACUCCUGUUUUGGAAACUCCAGCCAGUAAUGGCUACGUCCCUUAUGUCGACUACACUAAAGAAUACACACCUCCAUCUGUACAACAACUAGCCAGAUUACAGUGCUCUUCCCAGUACCUGGAAGAAAUAGAUCCUCGUUUCCAUGCAGGCUAUGCGAACCCUUACCUUCGGAAUUCUCAUUCAACUCUUCCUUCUCCUCAUGGUGUAUAUUUGAAUAACAGAGGUCAAUUUUUUAGUAAUACAUUUCCACAGAAGCAUUACAUUACAGCAGAUCCUAAUUCGGCUCAAGUCCAGACCUCGACGGUGGCCACACAUGUCUGACGAAAGGAGAAUAUUUCCUUACAGUUUUGGACCAUAACCUUCUACGGUUUCCGCAUCACGGAUGUCUUGGUGGUUAUUCUGCCUCGAUGUGCAUUAUAGGGCGUCUUUUCCUCUGAAAUGCGAAACACCUUGCAAAAUGUCCCACUCCUAUAUUUGAAAGAUGCUCAUGGUAACUGACUUGCAAAACAUAAAGAACUGUUUUGGGUUUGAAGUUGCAAUAAGAAAACAUUUGCAUAUUAUAUAGUCGAAAAAGACGUUUGAAUAUGGGUUUUUUAAUAAUAUAUUAUU